AUGGUAGAAUGUGGUAAUGCUGUUUCACUUAUUGACGAUCCUUCAUUACCAUAUUAUCUCCAUCAUACUGAAAACUAUAGCUUUAUUAUUUUUUCUCUAGAGUUUACUUCAAUGAAUUUCUCUUCUUGGAAGAGGUCUUUCGUGCUAGCAGUUUCUAUCCGCAAUAAAAAAGGAUUUCUUGACGGCUCUAUCAAGAAACCAUUGCCUGAAGAUUCAAAGUACUUAGCCUGGAUAUGUUGUAACAAUCUCAUUGUUGCCUGGCUUUUUCGUUCGAUAUCAUCUCCCAUAGCUUCAACUGUGUUUUACAUGGAAGAAGCUGCUCAAAUCUGGGAAAAUUGA